GGGCGGAACGGGGGCGUGUCCCUCUUUGACCCCGCCCCCGAAUGGAUGUUCCAUUCAAUUGGCUAUCAUCUUCCCUCAUUCCCUAGCCAAGCAGUGUUCUCUUCGUCCCCCUCCCCCAAACUGAGGAUUGGGCAAUACCACAGAACCUCAGGAAAGGGGGGAAGAGCGAGCUUCGGCCCCACUAAUGAGGGAGUGGGCGGAGGCUGGGUUUCCCACCUCGGCUGCACCUGGGCACUGGAGGCUGAAGAGGAAAGUGAGAAUCUGAAGUUUUGAGACCUCUGACUGGCCAGGAAUAGCUCCUGGGGCGGGGGGCAAGGAUGGGACCAUAGGCGGAAAGAGUCUCGCAGUCCCCCCUGCUUCUGGCGCGGGUCCCUGCGCCCGGUUGUGGAGCGUCUCGCGCGGGGAGGGGGCGGGGGGAACGGCAGCUCGCGGUGUUGUUCACUCGCGCGUCGAGCACACGGUGGGUCCGGCGGCCGGUUGGCGCCCCAGGCGGCGUUCCCUGUGGCCUGGCGCCUGGGCCGCUGCCCUGAGCGGGUUCCGCCCCAGAGCCCGACCCUCCUGGGGGCCCUAGGUGGAGUCCGGCGACCGCUGCCGAAGCAUGAAGAAGGGGUAAGGCGUGAGCCCCCAAGAUUUCACGCAUGCCCCCUAGCUUCGGUACUCUGACACCUUCUCUUGCACUUGCGGAUGAUGAACUGGAAUAACGAUGAAAGAAAGCACAUCCGAUCUCAACAUUCACGACCUGCCCUAUAACCGAUUAAUUAAUUGAUCCCCAGCUAGACUAGUGUUGGAGAAAUCAGCAUGUUAAAACAACUGCUGAUGAUAGCUGUUGGAGUAAAGUUGCAGUGGAAGCUAUGGCUGCAAAAUCGUUAAAAUCUUCAAGACAGAGUCUUCCUCUUCCAUGCUGUCUCCUACAGAAAGAAGAUGACAUUUCAUAUGAAUUGUGGGGCAUUGGAAGGUGAAAUGCCAGGAAUAUUGUGUUUACCCUGGCUCUCUAUUCUAGAAGUCAAGUGGACUGAAGUUGCAGGGCAUAGAGAAUGGCAACGAUGUAGGGGAACAAAGCAAUUAAGUAAAUCUAAGAUUUAUCCUUCAGGCUGAAAUAGGUGAACUGGCACAAAGGUUAAUCUCAAGAUGCCGCUAGUGAAAAGAAACAUCGAUCCUAGGCACUUGUGCCACACAGCACUGCCUAGAGGCAUUAAGAAUGAACUGGAAUGUGUAACCAAUAUUUCCUUGGCAAAUAUAAUUAGACAACUAAGUAGCCUAAUUCAAACAGAUUUGAUGAUGUGGUUUCCAAACAGUUAUGCUUCAGAGGAUAAAAGGAGGAAGCAUGGGAGGAGAUACUAGAAGGAGGCAUCACUGAACCCAACCAAAAGGAGGUAAAUAUGCUGAAGAUAUAUUUGGAGAAUUAUUCAAUGAAGCACAUAGUUUUUCCUUCAGAGUCAAUUCAUUGCAAGAACGUGUGGACCGUUUAUCUGUUAGUGUUACACAGCUUGAUCCAAAGGAAGAAGAAUUGUCUUUGCAAGAUAUAACAAUGAGGAAAGCUUUCCGAAGUUCUACAAUUCAAGACCAGCAGCUUUUCGAUCGCAAGACUUUGCCUAUUCCACUACAGGAGACGUACGAUGUUUGUGAACAGCCUCCACCUCUCAAUAUACUCACUCCUUAUAGAGAUGAUGGUAAAGAAGGUCUGAAGUUUUAUACCAAUCCUUCAUAUUUCUUUGAUCUAUGGAAAGAAAAAAUGUUGCAAGAUACAGAGGAUAAGAGGAAGGAAAAGAGGAAGCAGAAGCAGAAAAAUCUAGAUCGUCCUCAUGAACCAGAAAAAGUGCCAAGAGCACCUCAUGACAGGCGGCGAGAAUGGCAGAAGCUGGCCCAAGGUCCAGAGCUGGCUGAAGAUGAUGCUAAUCUCUUACAUAAGCAUAUUGAAGUUGCUAAUGGCCCAGCCUCUCAUUUUGAAACAAGACCUCAGACAUACGUGGAUCAUAUGGAUGGAUCUUACUCACUUUCUGCCUUGCCAUUUAGUCAGAUGAGUGAGCUUCUGACUAGAGCUGAGGAAAGGGUAUUAGUCAGACCACAUGAACCACCUCCGCCUCCACCAAUGCAUGGAGCAGGAGAUGCAAAACCGAUACCCACCUGUAUCAGUUCUGCUACAGGUUUGAUAGAAAAUCGCCCUCAGUCACCAGCUACAGGCAGAACACCUGUGUUUGUGAGCCCCACUCCCCCACCUCCUCCACCACCUCUUCCAUCUGCCUUGUCAACUUCCUCAUUAAGAGCUUCAAUGACUUCAACUCCUCCCCCUCCAGUACCUCCCCCACCUCCACCUCCAGCCACUGCUUUGCAAGCUCCAGCAGUACCACCACCUCCAGCUCCUCUUCAGAUUGCCCCUGGAGUUCUUCACCCAGCUCCUCCUCCAAUUGCACCUCCUCUAGUACAGCCCUCUCCACCAGUAGCUAGAGCUGCCCCAGUAUGUGAGACUGUACCAGUUCAUCCACUCCCACAAGGUGAAGUUCAGGGGCUGCCUCCACCCCCACCACCGCCUCCUCUGCCUCCACCUGGCAUUCGACCAUCAUCACCUGUCACAGUUACAGCUCUUGCUCAUCCUCCCUCUGGGCUACAUCCAACUCCAUCUACUGCCCCAGGUCCCCAUGUUCCAUUAAUGCCUCCAUCUCCUCCAUCACAAGUUAUACCUGCUUCGGAGCCAAAGCGCCAUCCAUCAACCCUACCUGUAAUCAGCGAUGCCAGGAGUGUGCUACUGGAAGCAAUACGAAAAGGUAUUCAGCUACGCAAAGUAGAAGAGCAGCGUGAACAGGAAGCUAAGCAUGAACGCAUUGAAAACGAUGUUGCCACCAUCCUGUCUCGCCGUAUUGCUGUUGAAUAUAGUGAUUCGGAAGAUGAUUCAGAAUUUGAUGAAGUAGAUUGGUUGGAGUAAGAAAAAUGCAUUGAUAAAUAUUACAAAACUGAAUGCAGAUGUCCUUUGUGGUGCUUGUUCCUUGAAAAUGUUUGGUCAUUCUAGUGUUUUGCUUUCUUUUCCUUAUAAUAAAUGACCGUUUUCCUCCAUAACUUUUGAUUUCUAAGGAAAAUAUUAGCAUACAUUUCAAACUAAAUGUUUUACAGUGGCUUAUCUUUUUUUUCCCCCUGAAAAGACUAAUUUGGUCAAAUAAACCACUAAGUAUUAAGCAUGGACAGCUGUUGUUAGAGUAGCAGAUUCAGUUUUUUGAUAUAUCUUAAUUGUGUACUUUGUGAAUUUUAAUUUAAAGAAAGCAACUGAAAUUGAAAUCUUGAGGGCAGCUGUAUCUACUAAUGAGCCUUAUUCCAUUUCCUGAUGUUUUAAAAGAAGAAACACUGCCUUGAUUAUACGAAUACACUCAGAAAGUACAUUUAGCUUGUAGUGUUGAAUUCUCUUAAAGGAAUGCUUGAAUUUUUUCAUUAUUGUUUUAUUGUUUUUAUAUACUUGCCUUAUUUGAAUGUUUAGCAGUAUCCCCUUCCCACUUAUAUAUUGUGUGAUAUGAUUUUGCUUGCCUAUAGGAGUUAAAAACUUUUCCAUGUGAAAUACUCUGACUUAAACAUACAUGUAACUUACAUAACUGUUAAGAAUAACAGUCUGAUUUAAUAAAUGGUUCACUUUAAAAGUU